AUGUUGUGUGCCUCAACCCGUCUCGCUUCUCGCGCGCUGCACACGUCGUCACGCGUGUUAGCCGCCACAGCUGACCAAUCAGCUGCUACCACCACUAAGAUUCCCGGUGUCGUUGGAGAAUACGGUGUGACUGCUGGUCACACACCUGUGCUAUCACAACUCAAACCUGGCGUUAUCAAAGUUCACGUGGAGCGCGAAAAGGAUGUACAAAGCUUCUUUACGGCGGGUGGCUUUGCUCUCACUCACGCCAACUCGGUCACUGACAUUGCGUGCGUGGAACUUGUCAAGGUGGAGGACAUUGAUCCUGAGGCAGCUCAGUCAGGCCUGGCUAAGUUUCAGGCUCAGCUAGCGUCUGCACCUGAAGGCUCAGAAGAGAAACUGAACGCUCAAAUCGGUGUAGACACUCACGCUGCCAUGAUCAUGACGGAGAUGGAUACAACAUUCGGGCGAGGUAAUCAGGUGAUAAAUGUCGUGAUGCCUACUUACGUCAUGGCUCCGACGGAGAACGAACGGGUAUGCAACAUUAUCUCUGAGUGCAUGACAAAGGAACUGGACGGAAAAAAGUUCGUUGAAAGCAACUGCAAGGAUUGGAGUACUACCAUCGCUGAUGCAGUCAAGGCUCGCAUUCACGCCGAAUGUAACUUUCCACGAUAUAAGAUCGUCGUGCAAACUUUUGUUGGUCAGCAAAAAUUGCAGGACAUCCGUAUCACGUCUCGCUGCUUGUGGGACAAUGAUCACGACAAUCAUGCCUCGGCAGUCUUUAACAGCGAAUCCAUUUGGGCAACCUGUGUGGUGUUCGGCUUUUAUGCUGACUAA